GGGGGUGGGAGGAGCCGGGCAGGUUGUCCCCGCCGGGCCCGGCCCUCCCUUCCCCUCCUCCCCUCCCCGCCUGGCUGAGAGGGGUCGGGGGAGGGGGCAGCAUGGCCUGGCCGUCCGGCCCCUUUUCCAACGCUCAGCUGCCCCGGGAGUGUGGCUCUGUUCCUCGCAGGGAGAAGAGGUCCGAAUGGAGACAGAAGCCAGCCAGCCCGGCCUCGCCUCCCCGGACUCUCCCCACGAUCCCUGCAAAAUGUUCAUCGGAGGACUGAGCUGGCAAACCACGCAAGAAGGCUUGCGGGAGUAUUUCAGCCAGUUUGGCGAGGUGAAGGAGUGCCUGGUCAUGAGGGACCCGCUGACAAAGCGAUCCAGGGGGUUCGGGUUUGUCACAUUCAUGGACCAAGCUGGUGUGGACAAGGUUCUGGCCCAAUCCAGACACGAACUGGACUCCAAGACGAUUGAUCCGAAGGUGGCAUUUCCUCGCAGAGCACAACCGAAGAUGGUGACACGGACCAAGAAGAUAUUUGUGGGAGGCCUGUCUGUGAACACCACUGUGGAAGACGUAAAACAGUAUUUUGAGCAAUUUGGGAAGGUGGAUGAUGCUAUGCUCAUGUUUGACAAGACAACUAACCGGCACCGAGGGUUCGGUUUUGUCACAUUUGAAAGUGAAGAUAUUGUGGAGAAAGUCUGCGAAAUCCACUUCCAUGAGAUCAACAACAAAAUGGUGGAAUGUAAAAAAGCUCAGCCAAAGGAAGUGAUGUCCCCCACUGGCUCUGCAAGGGGGCGGUCCCGAGUGAUGCCUUAUGGGAUGGAUGCCUUCAUGCUUGGGAUUGGCAUGUUGGGCUACCCUGGCUUCCAGGCUGCCACCUAUGCCAGUCGGAGUUACACGGGCAUUGCACCUGGCUACACUUACCAGUUUCCUGAAUUCCGUGUAGAGCGGACCCCUCUCCCGAGUGCCCCCGUCCUCCCUGAGCUCACAGCCAUUCCUCUCACUGCAUACGGACCAAUGGCAGCAGCAGCAGCUGCAGCAGCUGUGGUGCGAGGGACAGUUUUGCUUCCUCCUGCAGGCUCCACCCCAAGCCGCACUGGUGGCUUCCUGGGUACUACCAGUCCUGGGCCAAUGGCAGAGCUUUAUGGAGCAGCCAAUCAAGAGUCAGGAGUCAGCAGUUACAUCAGCGCAGCAAGUCCUGCCCCAAGUACUGGCUUUGGCCACAGCCUAGGGGGGCCUUUGAUCGCAACAGCUUUCACUAAUGGUUACCACUGAAGUUGUGAACCAAGAAAGAAGGAGAUUCCCCAGUGAACAAACCAAGGACAGUGAUCUGGAGGAUCUGGCAAAACUCAAGGGAUGAGCCAAGAUUUCAUUGUAAUAAAUAAAACUGCACACGCCACCGGCUAUUGGCCGGGCUUCCGCUAGCCUGCCCUGAUCUCUCCCGAUGCCCAGAAAGCACUGGAUUUGAAUGCAAGGAGAUCUUCUCUUCUUUUGUUACUAACCACAGACCGUUUACACUACUCCUCAAACCCUCUGACCCACAGAUUCUUCUUUUAUUUAUUUUGUUAGUUUGUUAGUUUUUAUUUUUUAUCUUUUGGGGGAGGGGACGGGGGUGGGGGAGGUGGUGAGAUGAGUCCUCUCAAUUUUUUUUUAUUGUUGCUGUUUUGCUCUUUUUUUGGAGCCAGUAGAACCAUUUUAUGAAUUGGGUUUCUGUGAUCGUGCAUAGGUAGCUUUAUUGAGGAAUAUUUUUAUUUUGGUUUGGAAAUCCUUUUUUGUUUUGUUUUAUAUAUAUAUAUUGUGAGUGGGGGCAUGGUGGGACAGACUCGGUCAUGAGAAAAAGUCAUUUUUAAAGGACGUUGCUAUAAACUGAAAGCAGUUUUGAAGGGAAGAGAGCUGAGAGGCAUUGAUGCGAUUGAUAGUUUUUCUCUUUUUUUCUGUCAAUGUGAGGUUUUUAAAAUGUGCAGAAUUAGCAGGAUGUGAAUGCUCAAUGGGCAUUGCUGUGGAACAAAUGCGAAUUGUAUAUUUUGCUAAGUGAAAAAACACUAUUCCCUAUGGGUUGAAAGAAGGUUGUUUUUUUUCCUUUCCUUAUUCUCUAGAUUUUAGGUUUCUGUGGGUUUAUUAUUGUUAUGCUUUUUUUCUUGACCUUCCUUUAUCACCUGUAAAUACGACAAGGAGUUCCUGGGCCUUGUCUCUAUAGAGCAAUUUUGAGUUUGCUUUCUUUUUUUCUUUUUUCCUUCUGGGCUUUGAUGCCGUAAAUGUGAGCAAUACUCUCCAGAUGGACCAUGAUGAACCUCCUUUCUUUUUUAUACCUUUUAAUGUAAGAUUUUAAGACCUCUGAUGCGAUAGAAGUGUGGUGGGGUGGGUACGAGGGGUGUGUGUGUGUGUGCGCAUGUGUGCAUGUGCAGGGGUGGAGAAGGGAGGUGGCUGAACCAGCCGUGGGCUGCCUUGUGGAGCAGUUUCCAGCAGGCAUUGCUUCUGUUGCAGCGCCAGCAUAUGCUUCAGCAAAGGGCUUCGGCUGCCACCACUGGUCUCUAUUAACACUGUUGAUGAACUUUAACUCUCCCAAUAUUUGUUGCUUCCUGCAAAAGGGGUCACAGCCCACAGGGAGGCUUGGGGUGCUGUGGCAUGGGGCAUCAGGGGUGACAAUUCAGACACUGGACAAAGGGAGUAUUGCUAACUAGGGAGAUUCAGAAUGCUUCUCAGGGAUCCUGUGAGAGAAGAGCUGCAGCUUCUCACUGUCCUUACGCAGCCAUUAUUUAACUGGCCAGACAAGAGGUGCUGGAGCUCAAACUCAUCUGGGGGGCUGGGUGAUGGAGGGACACUCUGUGGAACUACUCAGAGACCCUCUCCACAAAGAUGGCAGUCCCCACAAUGUUUCCCACUAAACAUUUCCUGCCCUAUGUUUCACAGUCUUGGGGGUUUUUUACUCUCACUCUCAAAAACUUCCAAGAUUGAUAGUGGAAUGUCCCUCUGCGGCAUUUGUGGGGGAUGCUCAUCUGCAAAAGUCAUUUGAAUCUGUUUGCUGUAUAGUCAUCUUCCCCCAUGGGUACAAUAUUCUACAGUGCACAUUGCGCUAUUUAAUAGGUAGGAUGGCAAGCUAAUGGCCGGCCUUCCCUAGGAGCUAGAGUGUUGCACUUUUGGAUAUCAUCUGGCUCCUGAACAUAAACUGAACCCUAAGAGUUGGGAGAUAUCUGAAAGGCCAUCAAAGAUGCCCAUUUAUGAAACCAGCAUCUGCUUUCCCCAGAGGUCUAUCUGCCUUGAUGAAGAACCAGAGCAUCACUCUCUGCUGUGAGAUUUUGGAUGCUGUUUUGGGCAGCACUUGAGGCUGCAGCACUGCUGAAACAAAGCAGGUGUGGGCUUCAUCACCCCUCUGGGUGAGAGACCUCAGCACCCUGAUGUAGACUUGCCAAUCCCCAGGUCCCAGCGGGGUUCUCCCACUUUCCCAGGCUCCUUCCUGCUCCCAGUCAGCUGACCAGUGGGGGGGAAGCCCCGCCCCCACAGCCACCAUGUGCCUUUCCACCUCUGGAGGCUUCAGACUCCACUUGGAAAGGCUUCCUCUUGGGAUGGUGUGUCUUUGUCUUUAAGGCUGAAUGGGGGCAAGGGGGGUUGGAGCAGGUAGAACAAUAUGGCUGCUCCCAGUGGCUGUGAAAGCAGCCCGGACCCUGCAUUGGUUGCACAAUCUUUUUCAGAGGUCCUUUGCAUAAGAAAGGUAAACUUGAACCUUUGGUUGCUCUGUGUUACUUGGAAGAAGUUGGAAGUUCAGCAGCUCAUGAGUAGAGAUGCCAAUCCCCAGGUGGGAGCAGGCCUUCCUCCAUUUCAGAGUCAUCAGAAAUGAGGGGGGGGGGGAUAUCUACUGGGCAUUUCAUCAAUUCCCAUAGGGUAUAAUGGAGAAUUGAUCUGGGGGUAUCUGGGACUCUGGAGGGGCUGUUUUUUGAGGUAGAGGCACCACAUUUUCAGCAUGGCAUCUGAUGACUCUCCUCAAAAUGCUCCAAGUUUCAAAACAUUUGACCAGGGGGUCCAAUUCUAUGAAUCCUAAAAGAAGGUGCCCCUAUCCUUCAUUGUUUGUAAUGUAGGGAAGGCAUUUAAAAGGUGUGCGGUUCCUUUAAAUGUGAUGGCCAGAACUCCCUUUGGAAUUCAGUUGUGCUUGUCACAACUUUGCUUAUGGCUCCACCCCCAAAGUCUCCUGGCUCCACCCCAAGUUCCCAGAUAUUUCUUGAAUUGGAUUUGGCAACCCUACCCCUAUGUUAAAGGUAGGAUAUGUUUCUUAAGUAAAUAAAGGACUGCUAUUGACCUCGUAGCUUCCUUCUUUUAGUCUCCUCCCCAUAAAAUGAAUUGACAAGGGCAUUUUACAUAUUACAUUUCCACCUGAGAAGUUUUAAGCAUACAUCUAAUAGUGCAAAUGUAGCAAACCUGGAGGUAUCCUGGGUCUGAGAUUUGUUUAAACUUGAACCAAAGACCUUUGUUUAAGGGGAGUGACUGAGCCUUUUAUUAUGAUGCAGCUUGACACUUACUCCCAGGGAAAAUAACAUAAUUCAUCUUGAAUUUUAAAAUAAAGAAUACCUUUCUUCCUCCUCCGUCAAACUUUGGCCCUCUGAGCAAGAGAGAAAGGAGGGUGCGGGGCCCACUCUCCUCCCCUUCUUAGGUUGGCAACAGUAGGAGUUGAAAACUAUGAUGGGUCUUUACAACCCAUGGUGAGCACCUCAUUUAUUUUCUGGCCAAAUAUGUUUCCUUUUGGUUUGGUGGUGAGGGGUUUUUGGAGCAUUACAAAAACUAGCAGUGCUCAUUUGAUCAAUAGCUAUAUUGAGAGAUGAAAAAAUGAAGUGUUUAUUCAAAAGUAUCAAAUCAUUUUGAACGGUACCAUUUGGAACUGCCAUAGUUGUAGGAAUGGUGCAUGUUCAAAUGCAUCAGCUUAAAAAUGGAAAAAAAAACCUCUCAUAUUCAGAAAACCAGCAUAAGUGUAUGCAGGCUAGCCUUCUCCCUGAAAUGCUAGCAUUUGGUUUGCAUGGAAAGUGGACCCCCUGCCCCAUAGCCUAACAUGGUACAAUCCACCUUUCCCAUUGGGUUUUGACUGUAUAAAAAUUGGCACCCGAAUUCCCAUCCCAUUAGUAAGGAUGACUCCAUCAGAAUGGUUUCAGCUCUCUUAAGAAAAAAAACCCCUUUCCCUUUUUCUACUUCUCCCCAUAGAAUUGCUCUCUUGUCCAUGAAUCUCAAGUAUUAUAGGCCCCCAACCCUAAGCAGCUUGAAAAAUAUUGGGAGAGUUCUUUUUUUGGGGUAGGGUGGGAAGAAAGGGUACUUAGCUAAAUAGUACUGGAAACACAAAGCAAUAAUUUUUGUUACUGAGACGAGUCUUGUGUGUCUGUUUUUUUAAAAACAAAUGAAAUUCGAUUGGGUUUUAUUUUUAUUCUCUCGUCUUCAACUUUGGAGGCUGCGGAUGGCACUCUGCCUCCUCCUUGGUACCUGUGCUGAGCUGCUUCUGUGCCCGUCUCCCAACCUGUAUUGGCUGUACUGCUGUGGUCUGGAAUUUGUGUUCCAGCCCACUUGGCUGCUGCCUAGAAUUGGAGCUGUGGUUAGGGAGUGGCUGUGUGUGUGCGCGUGCGUGUUUUUAAGAAAAUAAAGCUGUGGUUUUUAUUAAGCCAGUUUUAUUACACAUCAAUGUUUAUUCUCUCCAUACCUGUAACCCCCUUUUCCAGAUUUUCAGUUUAAAAUUCCUAAUAAAUUAUUUGAAAAUG